AUGUCGGAAACGGAUAGGCUUACAACGAAGACAGGCGGGUGGGGGGAAGCAUCCAACCUGCCCGUUCGCAUGGGCAGCGACGACUGGAGUAACCGGGUAACCAGCGGCUUCAAAGACAUCACUCUCAGCGACGGCACCGGUGGCAGCGGCAGGAGUGGCGGCGGGCGAACUGGCGUUAGAAGCGGCGCGGGAAGCGCCGUCAGUAGCCGACACAGCAGCAGCACGUUCAGCGGCAGAAGCGGCAGUAUAGCGUGGACAGACGAUUUUAGCGACUACGGACUAUACGACCCUGCUAGUUACUACCCCGACACCCCUUCCUCCCUCGCGUCGGCCCCGUCGUUGCGCUUCGAACCACCGCUCGCCGGCGACGCGGGGAAUCGAGAUGACGUUGCUGGCGGCGCCAUCGCCAGGGGCGGUAUCGGCGGUUCCUUUGGUUCUCAACGCGCCGGGUCUUUUCGCCGUGCCGGCCUCCCGCCGUCCGGCAGCUUCGAUCGCCACGUCAGCAGCCGCUGCGGCAGCCUCGAUCGCCACGUCAGCAGCCGCUGCGGCAGCGUCGGCGGGGGGGAUGAGGAGAUGCGCGAUUCGGCGGCCGCUGUCGCGUGUGACAUUAGCGAGAGGGACUGUCGUCGCGGUGCCGAGACUGCGACCAGAUACGACUCGGGCGACGACGACGACGACGAGUACGACAGAAACGAGAGCAGCGACACGGUCGCACGGGAGUUUGCUACGGCUCUGAGUGUUCCUGCGGGUUUGGAGUGCGGUGCAGGGGAGUUCAGUCCGGUGACGAGGUCUCCCAAACCCCCGAGGUCCCCGUUUUCGAGUGACGCGGCUGCUGGGAUGUCUGUGUGUUUGCCUGAAAGGGCUGCAAUGGCUGAAAGGGCCGCUGUGGCUCAUGGGAGUGCUGUGGGCAUUGGAAGUUCUUGUCUUCCUCCUCCUGCUCCACCUGCUCCUCCUGCUCCUCCUUCUCUUCCCACUCCUUCUGCUCCUCCUCCUCCCCUUCCCCCUUCUGCUCUUCCUGCUGCUCCUGCAGUCGUGUUUGGCAGUGCAGGUGCUACCGCGGCUGGCCCAUGCACUCCCCUUCACUCUGCUGCUCCUCCUCUUGCUCCCCUUGCUCCUCGUCCUGCUCCCCCUGGUCCUCCUGCCCUUCCUCCUGCUCCCUCUGUUCCUGCUCUUCCUGCUGCUCCUGCCGCUGCAUUCAAUCUGCAGGAGCAACAGCUCAAGAGGAAAUCGGAUUCUGCAGAGGGAGGCACCUGUGCUCCCUCACAACAAGGUUCCAAUGACAGUGGCAGCUUCGGCGGUGGCAUGGGCGGGAGCAUGGGCGGCGGCAUGGGCGGCGGCAUGGGUGGCGGCGUGGGCGGUGGGUUUCACAGGCGAUAUGCGAGCGCAGGUGUGGGGGUCACCAGCAGCGGCGGUGGUGGCAGCAGCGGCAGCGGCAGCGGCAGCAGCGGCGGCAGUGGUAUGCAGAUGGCUCCUCCGGCAGUGCAAGCUGCUCAUGCCCCCCACUCUGCAGGUGCUGCCGGCUCUUCACCUGCCUUCCCCUCCGCCCUUCACCACGCCUCAGCCUCUGCUACUGCUGCUGGUAGUCCUGUUGCCCCUACCCCUGUCCAUCGUGCAUCCCCACCUGCACCUGCACCCCCAUCCGUGCACCACCGAUGCGCAUCCCUAGACGCUCACUCACAGCAGUUCUUCAAGACUCUUAGCACGUAUAUCAGCCGAGGGCUUACGGGGGAGAUGGGGGAGGGCGCAGGGGGAGAGGGUGUGGGGGAGAGAGAGGGGGGGGGUAGUGGGUGGCAAGGUGGGGCAGCGACAGGGGUGGCAGGGGCGGCGGAGGUGGAUUCGGGAAAUGUGAGCUUCAAGGAUUUUAUUCUGCGCAUGCCGUAUGAUAACGUGAAGAGGUUUUAUUCUGUGAGCGCCGCCCGGAUCGGGAGCGGGCGGUACGGCGUGAUUCGGCCGUGCACGCACCGAGCGACGGGAGUGAAGAUGGCGAUAAAAACGAUCAAGAAGGAGCAUAUGAAGUGCAAGGAGGACGUGGAGGACGUGCGCACAGAGGUGAUCAUUCUGGGUCUGCUCCGGGACCACCCAUGCAUUAUCAACCUGCAUGAUGCAUUCGAGGAUGACAAGUACGUGCACCUAAUCAUGGAACUGUGUGAAGGGGGAGACCUAUUCGACCGCAUCAAGCAGCGCGGGCAGUUCCCAGAGAGGGACGCCGCCUUGCUGUGCCGCGGGCUGGCAGAGGCGCUGCUGCAGUGCGGGCGGCGGGGCGUGCUGCACCGCGAUGUGAAGCCGGAGAACAUUCUGCUACGGUCCAAGGAAUGCCACACGCGGAUCAAGUUGAUUGACUUUGGGGUCGCUGCCCUGCACACACCAGGUACCUUGAGAACAGACCGGGCGGGGACAGUGGAGUAUACCGCACCAGAGGUUUUGGACGGAGCCUACGGGCCCGAAGCAGACAUCUGGAGCGCCGGAGUGGUGCUGUACAUUCUGCUCUGUGGUUUCCCGCCUUUUUGGGUGGCGACUGACGCUGACCUGGAGCGCAAGAUCCGGACGGCGCACGUGGAUUUCCGGCACCCGAGAUGGGCGGCGAUCUCAGACGGCGCCAAGGAUUUGAUUCUGAGGAUGCUGGAGAAGGAUCCGAGGAAGAGGAUAACUGCGCUGGAGAUUUUUGGGCAGCAGAAGCAGCUGAAAGUCACCACUGACACCGACCAGGUGUUGUUUGCUGCAUACACCAGAGCGGGCGGCAGCACUGCGCGUGCUUGCAGGUCGCCCACUGAUCCCGACGUGUGCCUAAUAAAGCGUCUCAUCGCACUACAGGACGACUGGGUAACAGUGCCGGGCGGCAGCGAUGACGCCAGCACCAGCGGCAGUGGCGCCAGCAGGGGUGAUGACGUCAUCAGGCGGAUUCCUAAGGGCCACUGCUGGGUGGAAGGGGACAAUGCUGAUGUCAGCGAGGAUUCUAAGCACUUUGGCCCGGUGCCACUGGCGCUGUUGGAGGGUAAGGUGCGCUGCAUCGUGUGGCCUCCCCACAGAAUAGGCGGAGUGGAGAGUCGAUUGCCUGAGGGGAGAGUGCUGCCGUUGAGGCAACAACAUUAG